GUAAAGAGCUGCGUGAAUACUGCUAAAGCAAGUAGGCUUAGCGAGCGCAUAUACGUAAAGUAAGUGGGACAAAAUGUGUACAUUUCUUCCAAAUUUUGAAGUUGUAAACCAGCUUUCACUUCCAUAGUUUGUGUUUAAUACCAACGAGUUAUUUAUAUAGGGAUUUGGUGAGAUGAUAUGGCACCGAUUGUGCCUGUUCAAAUCAGCGAGACCGCACGGCAGAGGUUGUGCACUGGGUUAUGGAUCGUGCAUUGGAUUUGCGCCAUAUACGGACUGACCAUUGUCUCGAUUGGUGUUUACAUCAGGAUUCGUAUACAAGACAAGGUGAAAUUGAUUGAGGGAUACGACGGGAACACCCUGCCCUUGAUGCUGAUUGCUGUCGGCUUCAUCACAACCGUCGUAGACCUGGCCGGUGGCAAGCUGUGCGACAGUGUAGCUAAUAUAAACCGAAGGCAAAAACUGAAGUCCCUCCUCCUUCCCUACCUCCUCCUCCUCCUCGUUCUCAAUGCCUGCAUCUUCAUAGCGGGAUGCAUGUGCUUCGUGCAUCGUUUUCACCUCCACGAUUCUUUCAACCGUGGCUUGACGAAAGCCAUGAAACACUACAAGAGCAACGAAACGGUGAAGUAUGAGAUCAACCAGCUUCAGGUAGACUUUGAGUGCUGCGGAAAUAACGGCUACGAGGACUGGUUUGCCGUGCAAUGGAUUGGGACCGAGUACCUAAGCGAAGACCUUGCAAGUAAGAUGACGGGCGGACUGUACCUGAACGACGACGCCCCGUUCAGUUGCUGUAAGGCCGACCAGCUCCGGCCCUGCAUCCACCACCACGUCCACGACAACGACAGACACUACAACUACGAUUACCGUGAGAGCUUGACCCUCUACCAAAAAGGAUGCAAGCCCGCCCUCAUGGAAUACUUCACGACCAGGCUGAAUCGGAUCGGGGGCAUCACCAUGCUCAUCUUCAUCUUGCAAGCUGUGAUUUUCGUGCUACUGCGAUACCUCCAGACAUCCAUCCAAAACGCCUACAAAGCCAAAGAUGAAGAGGGAACCUCAACGGGCUGGCUCCUUGAAAACAAGAAAGAGGGAGAUGAAGAAAAGUCCGACAAGGACGAUGACAAGGACGAUGAACCAGUCUACGAGAAUUUGCCUUAGCCCAAACCUGAAAGACUCUUGACAAAAGCACGAUGUGCCAGUAUAUUGGUGUUGGGGUGAGGAGUAGAGAUGUCCUUAAAAGUAUGACUUCUUUGUUGUUCCAGUUUUGAUUUUAAGUAUUUGUAUUUGAUGACAAAAUU